ACUUUAACUACUCAAGUAAAAAUGGCUUCCUUUCAUGGUGCACGAGAGUUCCGAGGUAACCAAUGUGAUGAAGAGGAAGUAGAUGUGAUAUCGGUGGAGCCUAUUGCCAUGAUAGUGCCGCCGAAGUUGCAAGACUCGCCCAGAACCGCCACGCUGGAAAGUAGUGCUAGUUCGAGCACGGGUGGUGGUUCUGAUGACCACUGGCCUUCAACGUCCAGCGAUUCGCCCAUGGAGGAGACACCCAGUGAAGUGGAGGGUGUUGAAGAGGUUGGGUGCAGUGCGCCGGCGACGAGUACAGAAGUGGAGGUGGUUUUGUUUGAAGGGUGGGAGAGCAAGGUUCUUAGUGGAAGAUUGGAUAACCUUCGCAAGGCCCCCAAAACCCUACCGGCCGGCUUUAAGUUCAGGGCGGCACUGCAUCACGAAGUUGCAGAUGGCGCGGCCACAGUGAAGGGGUACAAGAAGUUGGAGGAAUGGUUGGGGACGCCUGCAAAGGCGGUGGUCUUCAGGUCGCUCUUUCUGUGCUGUUUGUGCUUGUCCACUAAUGGAACGAGAUGGUACUACAUCUUGGGGAGAGAGAAGAUGAUGAUAUUCACCAAAAUCAGAAAUAAGGUGGCGAGGUGGAAGAGACAGUUUGUCUUCAUUCGUGACACACGAACUGAAAGAAUCAGUAACGAGCUCGUCGCCCGUCUGUCAGAGUGGCGUACACCCAAUACCUAUAUGAACUACCCACAGUUGACUGUUGGUGAUGUCAACCUGAAGCAUCGGCUGCUCGAGUAUGUUAAGGCAAGGGGUUUGGUAGAUUUAGAAGCCUUGGUUACCCAGGAGCAGAUCGCCUUACUUGGGUUUGUCGACGUGGCAAACCUACAUUUUGAAGGCAACGUCAACGAGCACAAGGCUCGAGGAACCGUGGAGCUGGGUCCGGUUCCCAACGCCAGACUUGCUUUGACGAGCGGCCACCUACGACACUUGGGCACAGCUCAUCGCAUAGGAGUUCUAGCACCGAGGCCACGUGUCGAGCAGAGAGUUGAGCCUACGCCCUUAAGCUCGAGAAGGCACGCGAGGGAGGACUUUGACACCGAAGAUGACAUUCCCCUCAUCUGGCGGAGGAUGAGUACGGGGAAUCAGCCCGCUCUAGCCGCUGUAGUGCGGCCUGCCAACGUGCCCCCAGCGCCAGCUCGUGAGGUCGCUAAGCCAACACCUGCCUCGUCGUCUGUAGCGGGGCCAAGGAUUGCAUACCCGGAUGGCUUGAGUUACGUUAGAACUAAUUGCCAGGCCGUUGUGCUACAAGGUAUGCAGAGCUUUGUGCCUCCUGCAAACUGGCAACGUGCAAAGGGGCACGUCCAACAGCAUGGAGGACAUGCUGCUCUCAUCAAGUUGAUGGAUGCGUUCAGCUACACGGUCGCACUCUUCGAGUGCAAGCAGGGAACGCGGAGCUCGGAGAUGGCAAACCGAGCGACGUCAGCUGAAAGCCGAGUUGAUGAGUUGGCCCGCAAGGUCAACGAGCUAAAGGAAGAGCUUAAAAAAGCUCAAGCGGAGAAAGAGAGCGGCAUUCAAGCUACGAAGGAGGAGGCUGGCCGUGCAGAGGACCGAGCCAAGAAGGUAGAAUCUGACAGAGAGAAGACUUUGCACGAGCUGAGCGCCCUGAGAGAGAGGGUCUUGCAAGCUGAUCAGCACAUCGCCCGGGCUGAGGCGUCCUUGGAGAGGACGAAAAGGCUCCACCAGUGCGACGUUUGCUUUGCCCGCACACAAGGGGCUGAGUGGCUGGGGUUGCCCGUGUGGCCCCCUACCAUAAUGGAAGAGGGGGAAGACACAGAGGGGUUGCCAAGCUUUGAUGCUUGGUUGGCAGACCCCCAGGACAUGCCUGUUGAACCUUCCAACACUCCUCCCUCUUCUCUGCCUCAGCCCGCCCCGACCGCUGCUCCUGCUCUCUCUCCUUCAGAUCGGUCAUCUCCAGCUCGAUCUGCUGCUGCCCAUACGGACGCAUCCAUCCCCGUUGACUUGACGAAUGAUUAGUUUAGGAUUUUUGUUUUCUUUUUUGUAUUGUUUUUGCAUUUUUGUAUCGAUCAAUGAAUCCAUUUAACAUGUACCUCAAAUGUAAAAAUCAUUGAUGAAAUACAAACUUCAAUUUUCC